AUGGCGGUGAUCACAAGAAGCGGUAGAGAUGAUGAAGUGAAUACCUCCAAGCAAAAGGAAGUAGUGAGUGAUGAGGUUGACGUACAAGAUGAUGAUAUUCCUACAGUUGAUGAUCAAAUGCUAGAUAGACUUGUUGGACGUGCCUUCUACUUCUUUUUGGAUGGGUACUCAGGUUACAAUCAGAUUUUGAUUACUCUGGAAGAUCAGGAGAAAACCACUUUCAUAUGUCUGUAUGGCACCUUUGUAUUUUCUAGGAUGCUAUUUGGUUUGUGUAAUGCACCGGCUACCUUUCAGUGGUGUAUGGUAGCUAUAUUUAUCGACAUGGUGGAUGACUUCUUGGAAGUGUUCAUGGAUGGUUUCAGUGUUGUGGGUAACUCUUUUGAAGAAUGCUUGGGUAAUCUUGGCAAAGUGUUGGCCUGA